UUUCUUUCCAUUGCAUUCCCGACGAUGGCCGUCUUGGACAAGCGCUUCCACCGCCCGCUGCACAUCUUCAGCGUCGGCCUGUGCACGGUCCUGACAGUGAAACUCGUUCUUUUCACGGAAUAUAAGAGCCCCAUGGGUCUGCCCAACCAAGAUCACGUGUUCACAGGGAUUCAAAAGUACACACAGGAACAACUCGACAAGUUCUUCAAAGUGGACGAGGUAGCUGCGCGACGAAAGAAGCAAGGUGCCGAGGACGACAAGUGAUCCCGACAGACCCCCCGAGUGACAACAAAUCGACUCUGUGUUUUCAUGGAUGCUGCGAGAUUCUACUGUCCUCCAGGCGACUCAGAGGACGGAGGCGGCAUGGACGACGGACCACAGCCUGAUGAUGGCGCCGCGUCUUCGCUGGAAGGUGCAGGUGUAGCUGCUGCACUGGGUUUGAACACAGCAAACUGCGGUCGAGGCGGCGUUCGUUUCGCUGCCGCUGCCCCACCUCGCUGCGAG